AUGACUGCAAAAACAGUUCCUGUACCAGUGAGUACUGUUGCUGCACCAGCCACUAGUCCAGAAAACGAUCCAUGGACUUCAGCCGACCAAGCAGAAAUACUGGAAUUCUCUCAUCUUCCCCCACUUUCAAACGAAGAACUUCAGCUCUGGCAGCAAGUCACCUUGGAAAUGACUGCUUUGCAUGCUCAGCGUGCUAUUAACGACGUUGCCCUUCAAAGAAUGAAUAAAGUUCAUGGAAAGAUUGCCGAUAGACAAGAAGCCAAAGAAGGAUUCUCUGUUAAAGCUGCUGUCAAACUCGGCAUGAUUUAUAAGGAUGCCAUUGAAAAGGCUGAACAAGAGCUACGAGUUGUGCAGAGAGCUUAUGAUCAUCUUACUCGGUUGAUUUCACUCCGAGAAUCAUCAGAAUCAGCCGGAAUUGAUUCAAAAAGAAAAAAACGCAGAGCCGAAUCUAAAUCAACUGUCAAUGUCAAGCGCACUCGAGUAUCUGAAGUCGGAUUAGAUACUGUUCAACCAGACUUUGAGACCGGUGAUCAGGUCGUGGCAAAAAUUGAAGAGUGGAUCUUGGCAAAUAUGAUUGGGUAUGCAGCUGAUAAGGGAAAAUACGAAGUAGAAGAUGCCGAGGAAGAUGACGAGAAGCCUGGUAUCAAAAAAAGGUAUUUUGUGAGCUCCAAGAUGCUUAUUCAAAUUCCCAAAGACACCACCAAUAUCAAGGAAUUCUCUGUAAAGCAAAAAGUAUUGGCUUUGUUUCCUUCAACAACGUGUUUUUAUCAAGCUACAGUGGUGCUACCUCCAAGCUUGACUACAAGACAUCAGUAUGUAGUCAUUUUUGAGGACGAUAACAAUUUUGAAAGAAAUGUGGAGCCAAGAAUGGUUUUGGAAUACCCAAAAUAUAUGUAAUCCUCGAUGCUGCAAUCAUCUCAUGAUCAUUUACAUGAGAAUGGAUGACAAGAGAAACCAUU